UGACUACUGCUUGCAAACUGUUCGAUAAUAUUACUAACCCAAUUCGUCUCCUUAAAUCAUUAAAUUACUUAUUAUUUGAUUGAGUAAAAUGGACCAAUAUAAAUUGUAGGUAUUGAAUUACUCUUAAUUGUUAGCUCAAUUUAGUUGUGGACCAAAAUAAACUGAGAAUAUGCUGCAUUUUGUUUCAUUCAAUGGAAAUAAUUGAAUUACUCUAAAGUUUUUUGCUCAAUAUUGGCAUGAAAUAUUGUUUCCAUAAGUUUACUCUGUUUUAGCUGAAUGUAAAUCUCCAUUCUUGUAAUGUAACUAAUGGCAUGAAAUAAAAAAUUUAGUAGGUCAAUAAAAUGGUUAAAAUGGGUAGCUUUUUAUUUUUUUAAAGUUUGGCUUAAAAUUAAAAUUCCAUGUCAGCCAAACCGAAUGGAAAAAUGACUUAAAUUGGUUGGGUGACUUUGUAGGUGCAAUGACAAUAAUUGAAUGAUUUUUGGGUUAGCUCGUCGCACCGGGCUUGUCUAGUGCAGGUUAUCUCUCCUGUGUGGUUUGCGAGCUAUUGCACAGGAGCGGGUUUACCCUGUGCGCACCCGAAGUGUAUUGGCUGCGGGUUCCCUUGUCAUAAAAAAUAAAAAAAGAAGAAGAUAACUAUCAUUAGUUGAGUGACCAACCAUCUGAGAAAUCAACUUGUGGAAGUCAUAGUUCUCAUUUAGAUUUACCAGAAUUUUCUAUGUAUUCUUAUUAGUAGUUUCAUUUAGAAUAUGCUAAUUUUUUAACUAUCAUUUAACUCUGAAUCAGUCUAUCAAAAUGCUGGCUGUGAAGUUGAGGCUAGUGUAUUGGCGAACUUGAUAACUAUUCUCUUGAAUGAUUAAUCAUUCUUUUGUCUGUUGAGCUUACUUAUAACUCAUCAAAUUGUUUUCCUGUUGUUCUUAACCCGAAUUAGAAUGUUGCAGUUACUAGGUGCAAAAGAUACAAAGUGGGAGAUAUCCUUGGGAGAAGAACGUAAUGGCUUCUCUGUUCAAGGAUUUAGCCAAGAUUUCAGCAUAUAGGGAUAGAAGGUUUCCAGGAACACAAGAAGAAUUUGAAGAUGCCUUGUUAAAGUCGACAACUGUUUAUGUGGGGAACUUGUCCUUCUACACAACAGAGGAGCAAGUAUAUGAGCUGUUCUCUCGUGGUGGAGAGAUUAAAAAGAUAGUGAUGGGAUUGGAUGAGAAUUCCAAAACUCCUUGUGGAUUCUGCUUUAUAAUGUACUACUCUAGAGAUGACACUGAAGACUCUGCCAAAUAUAUCAGUGGGACAAUUCUUGAUGAUCGCCCUAUCCGUGUGGAUUUUGAUUGGGGAUUUCAAGAAGGUAGGCAAUGGGGCCGUAGUAGGAGUGGUGGACAGGUACGCGACGAAUAUCGUACCGACUAUGAUCCAGGUCGAGGUGGUUAUGGAAAAUUAGUCCAAAAGGAAUUGGAAGCACAAAGGCAGCUGGUGGAUUAUGGAACAAGAUCAUUGGGCGCGUACCCACCAGUUAUGCCACCACCUCACUAUGGUAGACAUGGCGGAAACCAUGGUCAUGGAGGAGGCUCUUAUCGACAUGGUAGAGACUUUCAUCGCAAGCGACACAUGGAAGAUGACCACCAUCGGUCAGAUUAUUCAAAGAGGAGUUAUGACCGUGAAUCUCAGAGAACCUCUGAUCAUGAAUCCAGACGGGACAAGAAUCCACGUUUCCGUGAGAGUGGUGAUUCUGAUGAAGAGGAUGAUGAUGAUAGGAAGCGGCAUACAUAGUUCUAUUUUUUGAUGUGGAUUCUUCGGAGAACAAUGUGUUACUUUAAAAAGAGUUGAAGACCCUGCUCUUUCUUGCUCUCAUCAAGUUCCUUUACUUGUGCUUACACAAUUAAAUUGUUGUACAUUAAGAACUACUCUAAAACGUAUUUGCACUUAAAGGAGUAAUCGUUGCUUCUCACUCUCUUAUUUAUCUUCAUUUGUUUGUAUUUCUGAUGGUCAUUGAUGAAGUUAGUUUCUCAGUGUACCCUAUAUUAAAAGCCAUUACU